UACGAUCAACACGCACGCUCUCUCUGUUGCUCUCAGUCCGCAUGUGCGUUCGUUUUUCAUCGCAUCAGCGGCUCGCUCGUAUAUCGUAUUAAUUUUAACGACUGCUGUGAUAGGCAGAUUAUAAAAAGUAUUUAUUAUUUCACUUGUCCAUUAGAGCAACGCGAGCUUUCGAGGUGUGUGCGCGCUCGCGUGUGUUUUUGUGUGUGUGGGUGAUAAAGAUCGCGCAGGUACGAUUGUCUCGACGUUUGCCGAUAAAUUCGAUCGUUUUUUGUGUUUUUAUCCGCUUUGAAACUCCCGCGUUUUUUUAUAAUACAAUUAUCCAAGCGUCAUUUUACGACGAAAUCAUUUUCCUAGUUUUUAUUGUUACAAGCAUAAACUGUAAUCGGGAAAGCAUUAAUCUCCGUGUGUUACCAUCUCUUUGCAACAUUAGUUCGUUAUUUUUUGGCGUUUCGGUGCGCCGCUGCUGUUGCGCUGGCUGUCAAGCGGUCGACGCUCGUACCUGUCAGACGGAGCUCGAGAGCCACCGCUGCCAUCGCCGCCGGGACUCUCUCGUCGACUACUCUCUUCCUUUUCUCGUGUGUACCGUAUGAAUUAUGGCACUGCGGAUGCGGGGUAGCAAAGAUGUCAAGAAGAGGUCUUACUACGUGUGGUAUUUGGGUUCGAGGGAGGCAAAGGGCGUGGAAGCAAUGCCCGGAGCGAUAGCGUAUCUUCUGGAGCGAGAGAGACUUCAGGAGCCUUUCAAGGUCACACUGCAGGUGAGCAGCAAGGGAUUGAAGAUUAUCCAGACCGUCCAUCCUGGAGUGUCGACGAAAUCGGCGGUGAAGCACCUGGUGCCGGGACACGCGGUUCUGGCGGCCGUGCAGCGCGAGGACAUCGUCGCUGCGACUUUCCUACUCCCGAAUCCGGCGACGAACAACCCGGUGCACGUGCAAGCUUACAGAUGCGUGUCCGUGGAAACUGCUGAACUUCUCGGCAACCAGCUCAAGGCCCUCUCCGCCCAGUCGGACAGCCCUGCCAAAGUCUCAACCGGCGAAAAUCGCGUCCGCAGUAAUUUGGGGAGCGACGGACGGAGCACCAGGGAGUCCGAGUCCUCGGAAGGGAGCGGCGAGCUGAGACACGCGCCGGCACAAAGUUCGACGAUCUACGAGUCGCUCGCUGCCGAAUUGAGAGCCAAAUUGGGAAGAGGCAACUCCGCAGACAACGACGUCGGCCCCAUACUCUUGCCACCUCGCGAUUACGACACGGUUCACCGACACCGUGGAAACUUGGCUGGCAUAGAAUUUAGACGUUGUCUAAAUCAGACGAUCGUCGGUGGGAACACAGCGAUUGAAAGAGGCGGCGGCGCGAGAAGCGCAGCGAGCAGCGGAAUCGGCUCCGACAGCGCUGCGACUCCCCCGCCUUAUCAGCCCCAUCAGGCUUUGGGCCCGAGGCCCUCGAGACCGUCCAGAGACACAUCUUCCGACGAAGAUUGGGGCGUGACAACUGAGGAAAACGAGUAUUUCGGAGACUCGGGACAACCGAACAUGACAUUGCCACGAGUACCCAGGAGCCCGGAGAUGCAGCAGGCCCAGUUAUCGAGGGCCCUUUCGCCCUCGAACGCUCACAGGGUCAGACGAGCCCCGGAGCUACGUCAACGGUCUCCGAGUCCUCAGUAUCAACCACGUUUGGAGCCUGCCGAGGUGACGACUCCGAGAGAAAGAUUCCAGGAUGCCAAGGAAAUGUUCAAGGCCAUGGAGCGAGAAAACAUCGUCAGACCGGUCGCCGUUAACAACAGAGCUAGAGAAUUCGAUGAUCAUCAUGUUGGUGCCCACAGAUUAGAAUCAUCGAGACCGGCGAACAGGUCAUCAGCGCCCUCUCACGAACGCCUCAUGCGACGAAGUAACUCGGAAUCCAUCGACCGGGAAAAAGAAAUCGGCUACAGGGCCAGAGUCACCCCGAGAAAUCAUCAUUAUCCGGUCGAACGUGCCCUAGAACCGGAAAUAUCCUCCAGGCCAAGACCCCGAAGCUUUUAUGACAACUCGUCGAGCACACGAGAUCUCAGAGACUACAGGGAGCACAGAUCGGAUCACAGAGAUCAAAGGAAUCUCAAUGACGUGAGAGACUCGAGGGAGAGACAAUAUUCCCGGGACAUUCGAGAAAAGCCUCGAGCGCGACCGAUCGCUUAUCCGGAUGUUCAAAAACACGAGAGAUAUCCGAUAAUGGAUCGCGAACACACGAGAUCUUCGCUCGAAAUAGUUCCGACUUCCGGUCGAUAUCGUCACAGUUAUGCGGAACCACCGAGACUGGGAAUCGCUGCACUCGAUCCUUACUGAGCUCCCAUUGCUCGCAGCUGCUUUACGAAUCGAGUUGUUGACGAAUGAAUAAUCAACGUUAUUUUGCUCAUCUACCGUAUGCUUUGGUGAAUAAUCCGUUCUAAAAGUUGGAAAAUAGCGACUCAACUAUUUCCUGGUUGAUGAAGAAAUGUGGAUUCGUGAAAAAUUUAACAUUCCAGAGACCAAACCGUCUGGCUCAUCUACAGAAACGUCCGCGCACCCAAAAAUCAUUCCAUUGCUUGUUGAUUUUUCAUGUUUCUCUUUUUUGUUUUAUAUAUUUUAUUUCAAAAAACAUUACAAAGAAUUUUCCUACAGUUAUUUUUUGUAAUCUGUGCUAAUCGACCUGGAAAAUGUUGAUAUUUCUAGAGCGCGUUUGAUUGAAAGGACUUUUUUGGUGAAAAACGAAGUGUAGCAUUCCAGCCUUCGUUAUUGACUGUAUUUUAUUGUAUCUUAGACUUGGGCAUAGACAAAUCAUAUCGGAAGAAUCGUCCUUUCAUUAUUUAUUAGGAAUACCUUCAAGCAAUCAUUCAUCUCGUUGAAAAAUGAUUGAGUAAACUCGAAGAGUGAUCAAUUUUUCGAUAAAUUUAUCGAUCUUUUAAGAUUUUCCAAACUGAAACAAAAUUAUUGAGAGUAAAGCACCAAGAAUUUGAAUGACCAAUUCGCAAUAAUCGGCGACCGAGGAAUGUAAAGAAUGCGUCGAUGCAAACUGAACAGUGUUUUCAACGAAUAAUUCAUUAUGCCCAAAACUGUUAUAAUCGUGGCAUGUCGUUUAAAAAUCCAUACUCACAGCUUUCUUUUAAUCCUUUAUAUUGGAUAAUUAAAUGAAAAAUGACUCACGUUAUUUAUCUAAAAUGAUGUACCGUUGUUAUCGAGGAAAAUCAAAAACGAUUUCUCUCGAGCAUCCAUUAACUUUUUAAUUGACAUUUUAUGUAAUUACAUGUAAACCUACUAUCAUGUGUACUUAGAAUAACAUGUAUAUGUAUGAGAAAUAUGUAUAUUGUUAACACACACGAGGCAAGUCUCAUUAACGACAAUAAUAAAAUGACUCGUAUUUAAAAACGUCAAA